AUGCUCUUCGCAAUCAUGUUCGCCUUUUGGCGCUUCAUGGAGAUAUUGACCCUCGUCCCCAUCGUCGGCAUGCUCUCCUACUUCGUCAACAUAAACCUCUCCGCCAACCUCAUGACCCCAACCUCCAUCCUCGUCCUCUUCAUCGUCUCCGUCCUCGCCCUCGCCUGGGCAGUUUUUACUCUUUUCUCCUACCACCGCUCCUCCAACAACGCCCAAUUCGUCGGGUUCAUCGACCUCUGUCUCUUUGGCGCGCUCAUCGCGGGCGUGUACUACCUCCGUGGGAUCGCCAACGCAGAUUGCUCCUCUGGGGCGAUUCUGCGACAAAACGGGUGGCUGGUUGUCAGCGUUAACUUUGACAAGACCUGCGGGAUGCUCAAGGCUUGCUUUGCGAUGGGAAUCAUGAAUGUUGUCUUCUUUUUUAUCACGGCGUUAAUGGCGUGGGUGCAUGGGAGGCAUACGGCGAGGGAUGAGAAGGUUAGGUAUGUGGAGACGAGGAGGGUGAGUAGGUCGAGGGGGGGGUCGAGGAGCUCGAGAAGGUCGAGGAGUUAUUCUGGGAGCAGGGGGCAUAGCCAUCAUCGGGCUUAUGUUUGAGUGUGGGAGAGUUAGGGCUGGGGUGGGGGGUUACAUGAGGUUUUUUUCUUGGAAAUGAUGUGAUGUUCAAGGGCAGGAGAUCUUACGAGCGAUGGAUUAAUGUGUUUAUAUUAAGGCUCGAGGCUACGACGUGACGACCAUUGAGUUUUGAGCGUUUGUAUAUUUGGCGGAUUUUUUGAUGUUGUGCUUGGCUUUUUAGGGAUUGUAUAGAUUUGCCUCGACGGUGCGGUUGUUGAUGAACAGGCUGGGAGUCGCGCUAGAAAUGUCCCGAUUUUGGUUGUUUGUAUCCCCAAUCCUUCAUAUCUCUGUCGUCUGAAAAGUCAUCGGAACUUGUGUGCCAGUCAAUAGCAGGAGCUUUGACACGAAAGAUAGGUAGCCGCCCUGUGAUAUUUUGUGAUGAGCAGCUUGUAGUGCCCAUCAGGGGUGGUUGAUGCAAAAUGUCAAGACCGGCGGUUUGAUGGGCACCAACACAACCCCACACGGCCGUUCAACAUCAAGGCCUCCAACUGUCAUGAGUGAACGAAGCGAUUGCUCCCAAGACAUCUCUGUGUAUAUUGUUUAUUCUAGGGCUCUACAAAUAAAUAUGACAUCCUCCCCUUUUAAACGACUUCGCAACCGCUGCUCCCCCCACCACCAUCUGAGUGUUCCCCCCCCCCCCUC